AGAAUCAUCAAAUCAUAUUUGCAAAAGCUUGCUCCUCUUUCAUUCUUUAUCCUCCUCCCAACACCUCCUCUCAUAUUCCCUCUUGGAAAUCAUUGCAAAUCCACACCCACCUUCCCCCUUUUCUUACAUCUAAAAUGUUAAGCUAAACAAUCUCUUCUUCUUCUUCUUCUUCUUCCUCCUCCUCCUCUUGCAAACUUGUACAUGGAGCUGAAGUUUUCUUCAUGCAACGUUCAAGUGAAGAAGGAUUGCCACCAGAGCAAGAAGCAGCACAGAAGCAGACAUCAGCACCAUGAAGUUGGAGAUGACUCAAGUUCAACUAAAUCCCUCAGCUUGAAGAACCUCUCCAAGCUCAUCCUCCCGCCACUCGGUUCUUCGACAUAUAAUCAGAACCAGAUUGAGUCCCGAGGAUGGGUCGUCUCUCCAAUGGACUCGAGAUACAGGUGUUGGGAGACGUUCAUGGUGGUGUUGGUGGCGUACUCGGUGUGGGUGGUUCCUUUCGAGGUCGCAUUCCUUAGCUCGUCCCCGAAGAGAGAGCUGUACGUCGCGGACAACGUGGUGGAUGCCUUCUUCGCGGUCGAUAUCGUCUUGACAUUCUUUGUCGCCUACAUCGACCCUCGGACUCAGCUCCUCGUCUGCGACUCCAGAAGGAUCGCCACCAGGUAUCUGUCAACAUGGUUCUUGAUGGAUGUGGCCUCAACGCUGCCGUUCGAGGCAUUGGGCUACUUGCUCACCGGCAAGCCAAAGGUGGCUCUAUCUUACUCCUUCCUCGGCAUCCUCCGGUUCUGGCGUCUCCGCCGCGUCAAGCAGCUCUUCACCAGGCUUGAGAAGGACAUCAGGUUCAACUAUUUCUGGGUCCGUUGUGCUCGGCUUCUUUUGGUGACGCUGUUUCUAGUGCACUGUGCCGGCUGCCUCUGCUACUUGCUGGCCGAUAGAUACCCGCACCAAGGCAAGACAUGGAUCGGCACCGUGAAUCCGAACUUCCGGGAGACCAGCCUCUGGAUCCGCUACAUCUCGGCCCUGUACUGGUCCGUCACCACCAUGACCACAGUUGGCUACGGCGACCUCCAUGCUGUCAACACUGUCGAGAUGAUCUUCAUCAUCUUUUACAUGCUCUUCAACCUUGGCCUGACUGCUUACUUGAUCGGCAACAUGACCAACCUCGUCGUUGAAGGAACCCGUCGCACCAUGGAAUUCCGAAACAGCAUCGAGGCAGCGAACAAUUUUGUGUGCCGCAAUCGGUUGCCGCCAAGGCUGAGGGAGCAAAUAUUGGCUUACAUGUGCCUGAGGUUCAAGGCAGAGAGCUUGAACCAGCAUCAAUUGAUAGAGCAGUUGCCGAAAUCGAUCUGCAAGAGCAUUUGCCAGCAUCUGUUUUUGCCGACGGUGCAGACAGUCUAUCUGUUCAUGGGCGUUUCUCGCGAAACGCUCUUGCUCCUGGUGGCCAAGAUGACGGCUGAAUAUCUGCCGCCAAGAGAGGACGUCGUUAUGCAGAACGAAGCGCCUGAAGAUGUUUACAUCAUCGUAUCUGGUGAGGUCGAAAUAAUCGACUGUGAAACGGAGAAAGAACAGGUCGUCGGGGCUUUGCAGUCUGGGGACAUAUUUGGAGAAGUCGGUGCGCUCUGCUGCCGACCUCAGGACUAUACUUACCGGACCAAGUCCCUUUCCCAGCUGCUGAGGCUGAAAAGGAAUGAUCUCUUAGAAGCAAUGCACAGCCAACACGAAGACAACAUAACCAUGAUCAAGAAUUUUCUGCAGCAUCACAAGAAGCUUGAGGAUCUAUACAUAGAAGACUUCCUCACUAAAGCAGGACACGAGCACGACGGCCUCCACUUGUUGACCGUUGCGAGUACUGGUAAUGCUGCUAUCCUUGAGAAGCUUCUCAAGGCAAAGUUGGACCCUGACGUCGGGAAUUUAGAAGGGAAGACCUCGUUGCACAUUGCAGCAUCACAGGGCCAUGAGGACUGUGUCUGGCUACUGCUAAAAAAUGGAUGCAACAUACAUUUACGAGACCGGAACGGCAACAAUGCACUGUGGCAUGCGGUAUCGUCGAAGCAACACUCGAUCUUCCGAGUCCUGUACAACAGUGCUGCCUCGUCUGACCCUUGCACAGCCGGCGACCUCCUCUGCACUGCAGCAAAAAGGAAUGACCUGGAGGUGAUGAAGGAGCUCUUGAACCACGGAUUGAGCACCGACUCCAAGAAUCACCAAGGCUUCACCGCUCUCCAGAUCGCAAUGGCUGAGGACCAUAAGGACAUGGUGAAUCUACUCGUGAUGAACGGCGCGAAUGUUGCUGACUCGAACAUGCCGGAUUUUCCUCCGGAAGCACUGGACCAAAUGCUGAGAAGGAGAGAGACGGGGCACCGUAUUGCUGUGCCCGACGGUGCUGCAUUGCCGGAAAUGCCAACGAGAACGCGCGUAGUAGAGCAAGAACCAACUCGGGAGAUCUCGGACGUGGCAAUUUGUGAGCGGGUGAGCAUUUACAGAGGCCAUCCAGCGGCAAGAAGAGAGAACCGUUGCGCCGAGGCGGGGAGGCUCAUAAGAUUGCCGGGUUCCAUUGAGGAUCUCAAGAGCGUUGCAGGCAAGAAGUUCGGUUUCGAUGCGACGAACGCCAUUAUAGUGGAUGAAGAAGGCACAGAGAUCGACUGCAUCGAAGUGAUUCGAGACAACGACAAGCUUUUCGUGGUUGAAGAUCCGAAUUAUUAGCGUCGUUACAUGCUUCGAUUUGCUCUUUGUGAUUACUAGCAUGUUCAAGUAUCACCAAGCAAGUUCCC